UUGAGUGUUUGUUUUGGCAUCAUCUCACUCAUCAGAUAAUCGCCCUAAUUUGCGAGUAAGCGACGUUGUAAUCAUCGUAUAUUCUACAAAGCAUUCACCGGAAUUUACAAUGCCGAUUCCCGCAGGAUGGGUGCCAAGCUAGGUCCAAGACUCCACCCCGCACUGAAAUCUAUUUUUCGAUAUGGCCUGCUGAUAGUGCUAUCCACUUGCUGUUACUUUCCCUCUCGAACGGGAACGUUCGUAUUUGACGAUACGGUAGCGAUCGUGAAAAACAAAGAUGUCACCAAUGGGGAAACACCACUGCGGGACCUAUUUCGGCAUGAUUUCUGGGGUAGCAACCUAACCGAUCCGACCAGUCACAAAUCCUACCGACCGCUAACGAUCCUUAGCUUCCAGCAGGAGAUUAGCCUGUUCGGAAUGGAUCCGACGCGCAUGAAAACGACCAACUGGCUGCUGCACACGGUGAUUGGGUUGAUGUUGCCUAAAUUUUUCAGCAUCAUUAGCUGGAGUCGAAGUCGGAAGCAGUUUAGUUUCGAGUAUUGGGCGGCCGUACUGUUUGUGGUGCAUCCCAUUCACACGGAAGCCAUCGCCGGUAUUGUGGGACGGGCGGAGCUGCUGGCGACGUUCUGGUUCAUUGUGGGAGUGGUGGUUUACAGUACACUGUUUGGAUCUCCCCAAAACCGCACAUCACUCUGGAAACAUGCAGCUAUUCUCCCAUCGAUCUUCCUAUGUACCAUCAUAUCAGUUCUAUGCAAGGAAACCGGCAUCACUGUGUUGGCAACCUGCGCAGCCCUGGACAUUCUAACGCACAUCACCGGGCACAGUCCUGUAAAAUCGUUCCUAGCUAAUAGAAUUUUACAAGCCCGUAUCAUCACAUUAUUCAUAAUGACCAGCACCCUCAUCUACGGUCGGCUAUGGAUUCAGGACUUUACUCAGCCACAAUUCCGAGACAAAGACAAUCCGGUAGCCAUUAGUAAAGGACUGACCCGAGUUCUAUCGCAAAACUAUUUGUACUGUCUAAAUCUGUGGCUCCUUCUAUGUCCCGACUGGUUGAGCUUCGAUUGGGCGAUGGACUCCAUACCCCUAGUUAGAUCACUCUUCGACUACAGAGUACUAUUUGUGAUACUAUUUUACAUGUUUAUGAUAAGUUUACUUUUGCGCACCAGAAUUCGAAACCACAUCCUGAAGGGAGUAGCCCUAAUGGUCAUUCCCUUUCUGCCAGCCUGUGGAAUCGUCCGCGUGGGGUUUGUCAUAGCCGAACGCGUUCUAUACAUUCCUUCCCUAGGAUACUGCUACCUGAUAGCUUUUGGGUUUGAUCAACUUUUCGAAAAAGUCGAUACUCGAUGGAUCCGUGUUCUGGUAGGAACGGGAUUUUUUCUAGUCUGCCUGCUGUUUGUUGUUCGAACAAUGCAACGAUCCGCGUCGUGGGCCACGGAAAAUCACCUGUUCCGAUCGGCUCUGCGCGUGGUUCCGAACAACGCCAAAGUACACUACAAUAUUGCGCGACUGGCGACCGACGAGGGCGACAAGCGAACAGCCUUCACCUUCUAUCGGCGUGCAAUAGAACUAUACCCGGAAUACGAAGCAGCUCACAUGAAUCUAGGUAAUCUGUACCGGGAUGAGCGGAACUACGAGAUGGCUUUGAAGCAUCUGAAGAAGGCGAUAGAAUUUCACGAGGACUUUCACACCGCCUGGAUGAAUCUUGGUAUUGUGCAUGCUGCGAUGAAAAAUUACGACCAGGCUUUGGCCAGCUAUCAGCGGGCGAUGCGAAAGCAGAAGCACUAUCCCAAUUGUAUGUUCAACUUGGGGAACUUGUACAACGACAUGGGAAAUCAAAGCUUAGCGCUGGCUACCUGGAACGAGACCGUUCAGCAGGACUCACAGCACAUCAAAGCGUGGAACAACAUGGUCAACGUGUACGAUAGCGCAAACAUGCAGAAAGAAGUUCUUGCCGUUACGGACCGUGCGUUACGACACCUUCCCGGUAAUCCCACUCUGCUAGCAGCCCAAGCAACUGCACUUGCCAAAAUGGGUCGCUACCAGCAAGCGGAACGAAUCUACAGCGAUCUAAUUCGGACCAAUCCACGGGUGGAAAAAUACCACCAAAACAUGGGCGUCCUGUAUCAUCGCUGGGGUAAGCUGGAGCAAGCGGAGCGCCUCUACCGAGAGGCGCUCAAACUUAACCCUGAUUCACAAAUGGCCAAAACGAAUCUCGCCAAAUUAAUGACUUCCCGCCAGAUUCAAACUGGCAGUUUUUAACCAGUUUUAAAACUCUUUGUACACUUUUAACAAAUAAAACAUUUUUUUCAUCGAA